CCAAUCAGCUGAUCGGCCAGCUCUGUUGGAAUUUUUACUCCUUAACUGCCCCCCCCAAAAGUAGCGAAUACUGGGAUUUAUAGCAUCUGGCUUUCUAUCCAUCCGUCUGCCCAUACAUCCGUCCAUCCAUCCAUCCAUCCAUCCAUCCAUCUAUAUCCAGUCCAGCACCUUGAUGCUAAACUCUUGUAUAGCCAGAUACUCUUGGUUACCUGAACUGCAUGAUCAACACACACACAUAUGAUAACUCCAUGCCUCCUUGCCUCUGUCAUAUGUUUCCAUGCGACAUUCUGCAGUCCACCCGGCCUCCUUGCCUCUCUCGUAUGUUUCCAUGCGACAUUCCGCAGUCCACACGACCUACUUGCCUCUCUUAUAUGUUUCCAUGCGACAUUCCGCAGUCCACACGACCUCCUUGCCUCUCUCGUAUGUUUCCAUGCGACAUUCCGCAGUCCACACGACCUCCUUGCCUCUCUUAUAUGUUUCCAUGCGACAUUCCGCAGUCCACCCGGCCUCCUUGCCUCUGUCUGAUUAUUCUCUGCGACAUUCCGCAGUCCACACGACCUCCUUGCCUCUCUCGUAUGUUUCCAUGCGACAUUCCGCAGUCCACCCGGCCUCCUUGCCCCUCUUAUAUGUUUCCAUGCGACAUUCCGCAGUCCACACGACCUCCUUGCCUCUCUCGUAUGUUUCCAUGCGACAUUCCGCAGUCCACACGGCCUCCUUGCCUCUCUCGUAUGUUUCCAUGCGACAUUCCGCAGUCCACACGACCUCCUUGCCUCUCUCGUAUGUUUCCAUGCGACAUUCCGCAGUCCACCCGGCCUCCUUGCCUCUCGUAUGUUUCCAUGCGACAUUCCGCAGUCCACACGACCUCCUUGCCUCUCUCGUAUGUUUCCAUGCGACAUUCCGCAGUCCACACGACCUCCUUGCCUCUCUCGUAUGUUUCCAUGCGACAUUCCGCAGUCCACCCGGCCUCCUUGCCUCUCGUAUGUUUCCAUGCGACAUUCCGCAGUCCACACGACCUCCUUGCCUCUCUCGUAUGUUUCCAUGCGACAUUCCGCAGUCCACACGGCCUCCUUGCCUCUCGUAUGUUUCCAUGCGACAUUCCGCAGUCCACACGGCCUCCUUGCCUCUCUCGUAUGUUUCCAUGCGACAUUCCGCAGUCCACACGGCCUCCUUGCCUCUCGUAUGUUUCCAUGCGACAUUCCGCAGUCCACACGACCUCCUUGCCUCUCUCGUAUGUUUCCAUGCGACAUUCCGCAGUCCACCCGGCCUCCUUGCCUCUCUCGUAUGUUUCCAUGCGACAUUCUGCAGUCCACCCGGCCUCCUUGCCUCUCGUAUGUUUCCAUGCGACAUUCCGCAGUCCACCCGGCCUCCUUGCCUCUGUCUGAUUAUUCUCUGCGACAUUCCUUAGUCCACCCGGCCUCCUCGCCUCUCUGCUUGCCGCCUUCACAUCUCGCCUCCACACAUCCGCCCAGCUGGUUCUUGUGAAUCUGGAUACCCGUGCUGGC